AAAACUGCUUCCAAAAAGCCUGCUGAAGUAAGCGACGUCAAGUGCGCGUGCACGCGUGGUGAAUCUCACAAUGCGGUGUACGCCUGCUGCCGGUGGGGGUCUUGUUGUUGGUGUUCUCGGUUGCGCACCCUGAGUGACGGUGGCAGCUGAGGACGAAGGAGAAGGAAUCCCCACAUGGGACGUCAACCGCCUGACCGGGGGGCAACGUGAGGAGAGCGCAUUGCUUCGGACGACCGGACGACCACGAAGGCUACGGACGGGCGAAAAGGCUGACAGAAAGCUGCAAAGCGACACACACACGCACAAAAAAUACAAUUCAAAGGCAACAUUUUAUUCAUCUGUCAGCCGGACGCUGCCUUUGGGGCCGUAAUGCGGGAGAGCCAUGUUGUCGAGAAAAGGCCUCAUCCCGGAGGACUACUUGCUGACACGCUUGGCUGAGGAUGUUCAGCAGCCCAAGUUCAAAACGAAACCGAGGAAAGCCCGCUUUGUGGCCAAGAACGGCGCCUGCAAUGUGGCGCACACCAACAUCCGCGAGCAGGGUCGAUUCCUGCAAGACGUCUUCACCACUCUGGUGGACUUGAAAUGGCUCCACACGCUCAUCAUCUUCACCAUGUCGUUCCUGUGCAGCUGGCUCCUUUUUGGGAUGAUCUGGUGGCUUAUUGCUUUCGCGCACGGCGACUUGGACCGGCGGGCGGGCGACUUCGUGCCGUGCGUCACGGACAUCCGCUCCUUCUCGUCCGCCUUCCUCUUCUCCAUCGAGGUGCAGGUGACGAUCGGCUUCGGGGCGAGGAUGGUGACGGAGGAGUGCGUGUCCGCCAUCGUCGUGCUCAUCACGCAGAACAUCGUGGGGUUGGUCAUCAACGCCAUCAUGCUGGGCUGCAUCUUCAUGAAGACGGCGCAGGCGCGCAGGCGCGCCGAGACGCUCAUUUUCAGCAAGCACGCCGUCAUCUCCGUGCGGAACAACAAACUUUGCUUCAUGGUGCGCAUCGGCGACCUGAGGAAGAGCAUGAUCAUCAGCGCCACCGUACGGAUGCAGGUGGUCAAGAGAACCACCACCGAGGAGGGCGAGGUGGUACCCCUGGACCAGAUUGACAUCCACAUGGAUAACCCGGUGGGCACCAACGGGGUCUUCCUGGUGUCCCCGCUCAUCAUCUGUCACGUGAUCGACAAGGACAGCCCGCUGUACGCCAUGUCCGCCGUGGACCUGCAGCACAACGACGUGGAGGUCAUCGUGGUGCUGGAGGGGGUGGUGGAGACCACCGGCAUCACCACGCAGGCCAGGACCUCGUACGUGUCCGAGGAGAUCCUGUGGGGGCAGCGAUUCGUGCCCACGGUGUCCGAGGAGGACGGCAUGUACGCGGUGGAUUACUCCAAGUUCGGCAACACGCAGAAGGUGCCCACCCCGUGCUGCAGCGCCAAGAAACUGGACGAGGCGGGCGGCAUCGCAAGGUUUAAAGUCACCGAGGGCGUCACCUUGCGGCCGUCGGUGAGAAGGCGGCUGGGGUCCACCGUGGCCCGCCGCUCCAGGCUGGAGAGCCGAUGACAACUUGCUUACUCCGAAUAAAUUCACCUGGACGAAUA